AUGCCAGAAGUUAUCAGUCUUAUAUCCUCAACCCCUCCACCUCCGGCGGAGCCCCGUGAAGCCUCCUCCAUCCGGGGACUCCAUUGCACCCCGCCCGCACCCACCGAGUUAUCCUCCUUUCCAUUUUCGGAUGAUAUAGACUUUGCGCGAGUCGACUUCGACAAUGACGUUGACCUUGGCAAGCCAAUCAAGAGGAGACGGUUGACACCGGAUAUCGAGAAUUCCACCAAACCACCAGGGAGUAGAAGAAAUGCGCUGCCGUCACAGAGCCAGGACCCUCUAUUUCUCUUCUCCGACGACAUUUUGCUUUCUGACGGACCGUCGAACGGGCAAACACACUCAAAACCGCCAGUUAUCACGCUAGACUCCGAUCCGAUUGUGUUUACAUCGUCUGCUCCUGAGCCGAGUCGCCGAAGUCCGUCUCCAAGAAACAAACAACAAGCUACGAGGGCACUGAUCGACGUUGAUGUUGAUAACGGUAUCACUUCUCAUAAGGGCAGGGAACUACGGACGUUACGAAAGGAUAUCAUAGAAAACUUCAGUGAUCCGCUGGUCUCGUCAGAUCCGAGCGAGCUGUUUGAUUUCCAGGAGACGGAGUUCAGGGCGCCUUCGCUGCGAUCUGAGUUUUCAAACAAGACAGCAAGCUUACUAGCGAGUUUGAACCGUCCCAACGCUGAUAUUACCAGUACUCUGCCAGGCAAAAAGAAACAAAGCCGCUCCGAAAUCAUCGAUGAAGACCCUGAUGAGCUGCCUGAGAGCCGCCCGAGUCGUAGGCCAAAGAAGGCUAUAGCAAACAAGCAAAGUAGCGCGGAUAAGGAGGCAAAAGUGAAGGGCCGAGAGGCAGCUAAGGCGCAACGUGAUCUUGAAAAGCAGCUAGAGAAGGAGCGGAAGCAAAAGCAGAAGGAAGAAAAGGCAAAAGACAAGCAGCUGGCGGCCGACAUAGCGCAAGCAAAUAGGCUCAAGGUUGAGAAGAAGAAUUCCACGCCAGAAAUGAUCCUCGACCUCGCCUCGUCAUUCAAAGACACCAGUGUCGGCAACCAGGCAGUAGAGUACAUGCGGAUGCUGGGGGUAGAACAGACCUUUUUCGACAGCUCAAUCCGCAAUGUCGUUAAGUGGCGGCGAAAGAUGAAGGCUAUAUACAACAGUUCUCUUGGAUACUGGGAACCGUGCGAGCUGCAUCUCCGCGAAGAAGAGCAUGUUCUCUGUCUCGUGACGGCGCAGGAGUUCGUUGACAUGGUCACCUCGUCUCUCGAUUCUGAUAAUCUCAACGCCUCGAGCGAGCUAGAGUUGCACAUCCUCCGCCUGAAGCGUGCUUACCCACACUGCACAGUAAUCUACCUCAUCGAAGGCCUCUCUGCAUGGAUGCGCAAAAACGCGAACUCACGCAAUAGAGUCUACCAAGCUGAGUUCCGCCGCAACCUCGACGAAGUCCAGGGCUUAUCGCAGCCAACUACAUCAACAUCCACGACUCGCCGCAAGAGAACCAACAAGCCUGAGACAACUCCCAUUGACGACGACACGAUCGAAGACGCCCUCCUCAAUCUCCAAGUCAACCACAACUGCCUCAUACACCAAACCACGGCACCGCCUGAAUCUGCCGAGUGGAUCAAGAUCUUUACAGAGCAUAUCUCCACCGUUCCCUACCGCCGCGAGCGCAUGAAUGACAACGAUUCCGCUUUCUGCAUGGAUAGUGGACAGGUCAAACCCGGUGAGAACGCAUCAGAUACUUACAUCCGUAUGCUCCAGGAGAUCAGUCGGGUAACGGCGUCGAUGGCCUAUGGUGUGGUGAAUCAAUACCCGACCGUGGUCGACUUGGUCAAAGGGAUGCGGAGGUCUGGGCCGGGGAUGUUGGAGGACGUCAAGCUUAGCAUUGGCGUUGCUGAACAAAUCUAUAUCAAACUGGUGUUGCCGCUCAUUGUAGGAUCUUUGAGGCUGUUAGACGACACCACUGCGGAGACAGCCCAUCCCACCAUGGGCGUCCAUGGACAGUGUGACUUCAAAGAGGGAUGCGCGCGGUCAUGA